AGGAAGAGGCGAUUGAGUUGAGCUAAAUUCCUAUGAAACUUUGGAAUUUUAAAUUAAUUUUACUACUACUCUAUCUGGGAAAUUCUACAGAAAGUUUUUACAAAAAGCUUAUCAUAAGCGUCAAAAAGUAGGAGCCUUUAGAUUGAAAAAAAAGGAUAAAAGCAAAACCGGGAUUUACCGGUUAUAGGUAAUCAAAGAAAUUCACUAAAGUAAAAAAAAUCUUCUUUAGGUUAAAAAAACAUUUCCUCCCCAAGCCGCCGUUCCCCGUUCCUCCUCCAGACCCAUUCCGGUCGACGCCGCCGCCGUGUUUGCCACUCUCCGACGCCGGUCGAAAAAUCCCGCUACAUCAUCAAUGCCGUAGGUUCUGUUCAAGGCAACAUUUUAUGCCAUCCCAUGCUUUCCUCUUCUUCACUGCGGUUCUGACCGAUCCCGCUGGACAUCGUCGCCGUGUCUGUCAUUUUCCGAUGACUAACGAAGGCCAGUGUCUCGUCAGUGCCGUAGGUUCCAAUUGGUGCAUUUUGGUCGUUCCUCUUCUUCGCCGUGGGACCGGGUUACUGCUCUCGACGUUCCCGCCCUCUUUUGACAAUGGUAUAGUGAUAUCAAUAACGGUUCUAAUGGCAAGUGGGUUCCCAAACAAACAACAAAUCCUAGCCUCUAAACACUAUGUUGGUGUCGUAAUCGAAGGAGAAGAACGAGUGAGCGGUCAAGAUGUUCGGGGCCAAAAUAGUUGUACCAUCACCAAUGUGCAUGCCUUCAGCAACGAGACCAUGACACAACAAGGCCCAAAAAAAGAAACAAACAUCUAAACUGCCGUGAAAAUUUGCCGAAACCAUCAAAAGGAGUGGAGCCACGACCAUCAUAAGUGGCCUCAGCCCCCAAAUAACAGAAUUAGUGCAGUGAGUCCAAAGCCCAACGAAAUUCAAUCGAUAGAAAGCCUAGCAACGACGGCAUCUUACCUAUGCUCAUAAAGGUCCAAGCCUAAGUGAACAGAAACAAGCACAAGACAUAGAGAGAGCCAUGCUCUAAGCAAAAGCAUACAGAAACCCACACAAUGGCAGGGGUCGGCCCAAAUCACAGCAGCAAAAUGUGAAAAACGAUUAUGGGGUGAGAUCGCAAGGUUAUUAUGCCGAAAACGCUGACACAAAGAUCCGCCGUGCUGACAGUGAAGAAGAAGGGAAAACCUAACUCUUUUAGCAGAAAAUAAAAAUCAAGAGCAUGAUUCAUUUCUCUUGAAUUGUACAAUGUAUAUUGUUCCACACCAUAAAAAGUAACUAUUAUUUUAGUAAUAGAUGAUUUAUUAAAUUAA